UCGACUUCCAGCGGAUAAAGAGAAUUCAGCGAAUCUUUUCUCUUUAUUAUUCCUCCUUCCCUUUAUUUCCAUUUCUCCGUCUGCGUGCUUCCGCUACUCUGUUUGCCUUCUCGUCUUUGCAAAUGGCUUUUGUUCGAUCGUAUUCAAAUGCAUCUUCUGGAAUGGGUGUUGCUGAGGAUUGCAAAGAAAUAUUCCGAGAACUUCAGAGGAAGAAGAGUCAUCGUUAUGUGAUUUUCAAAAUAGAUGACAAGCAAAAGCAGGUUGUUGUGGAGAAGACUGGAAAAGUCACUGAAAGUUAUGAUGAUUUCACGGCAUCUCUUCCAGAGAAUGAUUGCCGUUAUGCUAUCUAUGACUUCGACUUUGUCACUGAAGAGAAUUGCCAGAAAAGCAAAAUAUUCUUCAUUGCUUGGUCCCCUGCUAUAUCCCGAAUCCGAGCUAAGAUGUUGUAUGCUACCUCAAAGGAUCGGUUCCGGCGAGAGCUUGAUGGUGUUCACUACGAGCUUCAGGCUACUGAUCCAACAGAGCUCGACCUCGAGAUUCUGAGAGAACGAGCCCAUUAAUUUCAGGAUGUUAUCUAUUUAUGAACUGCAUUGAAGGCGUUGUUUAAAGUAUUCAUUUUAUCGGGAGGAUGUCUUUCGAGUUCUCAAGUUUCCAGUAAUCACUGGGUUAUGCUGCUGGGAUUUAUGUAUUAAUCAAGCAUCAACAGAAUCGUGUAUUGAUAAAUGGUUGAAGCAAGAGCGAAUUUGUACAACUUCGACUUUAUGAUCAAUAUUAUUUAUCGGUAUUAUUAUUUAUAUAAUCAAAGAUAUGAAAAUUAUUGAGUA